AUGGUGUUUGUCAUCCUCGUCCAAGCGAAAGCCGAGAGCGUGCAGAAGAGAGACAGAGCUCUCGUCGCGGCGGCUGUCGAGAUGGAUUUGGACCGCUCGCUGGACCCUGAAUCGUUGCAACUUGACAACCAGACUCCGCCGGCCCCACUUGCCGCUGCUGUGGUGUCGACUGGGCCCGCAUGGGCAGCUCGACAACGUGCUACCCUCUUGGACCUCCGUGCAGGUGUCCGUCCUCGCCUGUUCUCGGCUCUCAACUUCAUACCGGUACUGGUACCGGCACCGCGACGUCCGCGUCCACGUUCCGCCGGCAAUCUCGCUCCGUCUGGCUCGCACUCGCCCUGGCCGCCUGCCUGGACCCUAAUGUAG